AUGAUUCGCAACUUCCGCCUGGCCAUGGCCCAGAUGAACCCCACCGUGGGUGACAUCGACGGCAACACGGCCAGGAUUAUUGAAUACGUGGAGCAAGCCCGGGAGAGCCAGGCAGACUUGGUCGCCUUUCCCGAGCUGGCCAUCACCGGCUACCCGCCGGAAGACCUGCUGUUCAAGACGUCCUUCCUGCAGGCCAACGUCGAGGCCAUGCAGCGGGUGGUUGCCGCCGCCAGGGGCAUUGCCGUGGUGGUGGGCUACGUGGAAGUAGGCGACUCGGCAACGGGCGUGGACAUCGCCAACGCCGCUGCUAUCGGCUACGACGGCCAGUUAAUCGACAGCUACCGCAAGAUGUAUCUCCCCAACUACGGCGUAUUCGACGAAGAUCGCUACUUUCGCCGGGGCGACGAGUGCCCCGUGUACCGCAUCAACGGCGUGGGUGUGGGCGUCAACAUCUGCGAGGACAUCUGGUAUCCGGUGGGGGCCAUCGCGGUGCAGCGGGAGGCCGGCGCCGAACUGAUCGUCAACAUCAACGGCUCCCCUUUCCACGCUGGCAAGAGCGCCCACCGUGAGAAGAUGAUCGGCACCCGCGCCGCCGACAACGGCCUCUUCGUGGCCUACCUGAACCUGGUGGGCGGGCAGGAUGAACUGGUAUUUGACGGCGCCAGCCUGGUCUGCGACAUGACCGGAGACGUUUGUUGCCCGCAGCCCUGCCUUUUACCGAGGAAUUGCUGGUAA